AUGUCUCCUAGCACAGAUGAUGAUAUGAAAUAUAUGGCCAAAGUUCCUUAUGCUAGUGCUGUUGGUAGCUUGAAGUAUUGUAUGGUGUGUACUAGACCGGAUAUUUCACAGGCCUUAAGUGUGGUGAGCAGAUAUAUGCAUAACCCAGGUAAAGGUCAUUGGCAAGCAGUAAAGUGGAUUCUACGGUAUAUUCUUGGUACUAUGGAUGUUGGAUUGGUUUUUGAGCAGAAUAAGACGAGUCAGUGUGUUGUUGGAUAUGUGGACUCUGAUUUUGCAGGUGAUUUGGAUAAGUGCCGAUCUACUACAGCUUAUGUGUUUACUCUUGCUAGUGGACCGGUGAGUUGGAAGUCGAAUUUGCAAUCUGCAAUUGCUUUGUCGACUACAGAAGCUGAAUAUAUGGCGGUAACAGAGGGUGCAAAAGAUGCAGUUUGGCUUCGUGGUUUGCUUGAGGACUUGAGAAUUAUUCAAGAAUAUGUGGAUAUUUUUUGUGACAGUCAAAGUGCUAUUCAUUUAGCAGAGAACCAAGUUACUCAUGCUCGUACUAAACAUAUCAAUGUCAAAUUUCACAAGAUUCGUCAGAUGGUGAUGUUCAACUCCUCAAAAUUGGAACUGCAGAUAAUCCUGCUGAUAUGUUGA